UCUCAACAUGGCGGACGAAAAUACUGAUAAUAUUUGGAAGAGAAAGUUUCUGACGCUCGAAAGUCGUGUAAAACACGUCGAAUUGGAGAAUCAGAAAAUUGUGAAUAGAAUCUAUCAUGUUCGAAAGCAUUUAAAGAGGUCUAGAAGCGAGAGAAGCUACCUUUUAAAGAAAUGUGAAGCAUAUGGCGUUGACUACGAAAAGGCACAAUCUUUAUACACGGCCCAAAUGCUCGCGGAAAUAAACGCACCUUACGAAGACAAUCGCUCCCAGCUCACAAAAUCUGCCGCGUUGACAAAAAAAGGUACGAGACGUGCACAUCACAAGCUGGAUCCUGACGCGCCGAAGAAACCAGCCAAUGCUUUUUUCAUGUUUUGUCAACAACAAAGAAAUUCCAUGCACGAUGAUCAGAAAGAUCCAACUGUUGGACACCACGAGUUGACGAAACAUCUCGCGAAAGAAUGGAACACUUUAGGGGCAGAGGGAAAGAAGGUUUACUAUAAGAUGUACGAAAAAGAUAAAGCACGUUACGAUAAGGAAAUGAAACAAUAUGCGAAAGAGAAAACACCUAAAGAACCAACGAGAAUUCUUAAAACUAAAAAACAAAAAACAAAGAAGGCGGCCGCCACAGCCCCACCGAAACCCGUCGAGCUGACAAAGUCAUCCCCAAGCCCCGUAGGCUGCGUACCGAUGGAAGAGCCUAGGACCGACUCCUUAGAGAACGAUGAGUCGCCAUCGUCACAGUUCAAUCUUUUAAACAAUAUGUCAUUUUCCACCGACCUGCCUUCACCCAUGUUGGAUAUAGGCGGUGAUAUCAACGACGAUGAUUCUUUCAAUAGUUUUGAGUAUAAUACCGUUUAGAAAAUUUGAAAUGUCCGAUGCUUGAGACAGUGGGACACUUUGUAUAUAAUUAUAUCCACUUUAUAUCCAAGAAUAUUGUGAUAAUAAUACCAUAAUCCUGGCUUUGUGGUAACAACACCAAUUGCACCAUAUGCAUGACGGAAAAUCUGCAUAAGUGUCAGUGUGGCAGUAAAGCCUUUGCAGGGCUGAUGUAAUAUCGAAAGUUGAUAUCGAAAUAUUGAAUUGUUAACAAUCAGUAUA